UCCCUUAGAAUUGGCUUGGAGAGCAGUUUUUCACAAAGAUGAGGCUAGUAAUCCUUGAAAACUAUGAUCUUGCUAGUGAAUGGGCUGCGAAAUAUAUCUGCAAUAGCAUCAUCCAGGCCAAGCCAAACCAAACCAGGUAUUUUACUCUUGGUUUACCAACAGGAAGUACACCUCUGGGCUGCUACCGAAAGCUGAUUGAGUAUCAUAAAAAAGGAGAUCUCUCGUUCAAAUAUGUGAAGACAUUCAAUAUGGAUGAAUAUGUAGGACUUCCCAGGAAUCAUCCAGAGAGCUACCAUUCUUACAUGUGGAACAAUUUUUUUAAGCAUAUCGAUAUAGAUCCAGGCAAUGCUCAUAUUCUCGAUGGGAAUGCACCAGAUUUAAAGGCCGAGUGUGAGGCAUUUGAAAAAAAGAUUGAAGAAGCGGGAGGAAUUGAUCUGUUUGUUGGAGGCAUUGGUCCAGAUGGCCACAUUGCUUUCAAUGAGCCAGGCUCCAGUUUAGUAUCUAGAACAAGACUGAAGACGCUAGCUAUGGACACCAUUCUGGCAAAUGCAAAAUACUUCGAUGGAGACUUAUCUAAAGUUCCAACGAUGGCCUUAACAGUUGGUGUGGGAACAGUAAUGGAUGCUAGAGAAGUAAUGAUUCUAAUCACAGGAGCACACAAAGCUUUUGCCUUGUACAAGGCAAUUGAAGAAGGGGUCAAUCAUAUGUGGACAGUGUCUGCUUUUCAGCAACAUCCUCACACGAUCUUUGUCUGCGACGAAGAUGCAACCUUAGAACUAAGAGUUAAGACUGUGAAGUAUUUUAAAGGUUUAAUGCAUGUGCACAACAAACUCGUGGAUCCACUGCACAGUAUGAAAGAGCAAGAUUGAAAGAGAAACCAAAGCUGGACCCCCAUCUGCCUGUCCCUGGCAAAGAGGUAGCAGAUGAAUUGACUGCUGUGCAAUGUGCUGGAAACUGGUUACAAAAAAGAGACUCUUAAGUGCUGCGCUUCUCCUCUUCGCCCCACCCCUUAUCUGAAGGUCCAAUGUGUACACUCGCACAUUCCUCUCAGCCCUGUAGCAAGCUGUGUUCUCUCUUCAUUCCUAACCAGAUUUUUGUUGACUGUUACACAUUCUGUCGUUAGAAAUCGACAGAAUUGUUUUGACUUCAGGGCAGAGCCAUAAUCGCAGUUUCUACAAAGGGGAGAAAAACAUCCUGUAAUGCAAAAUACAAAAAUAUUUCAGUGUCCCAAGGCACCUCUUUUUGCCUUAGGUUUUGUAAUGUCAGUAUAGAACCAGACAAUCCGGCACUUUAUGAUGCAAUGUUUACACACGUACAUGGCGGUUAUCAGUUGCCUUAAAACUGUACGCCUUUGUGGAACACAGUGUCAGGGUAACCUAGCUGGAAAGCAGUGACCUGAAGCUACAGGUGGAUUGUUUCGGUAACAUUUUUGUCAUAUUCAAUGGGAGCCAUGUUGGUUUUACAAGUAAAAUGGAAGAAUCCUCUGGCACCUUUAAAAAGCUAUUGUGUGGGUUUUAUGGGUUUUAUGCAGUGCCAGUGAACGAGGCCAACAGCUGUUACCCGUGAUGCCAGGGUUUGAGGAUCCAUGUGAAUGAGCUGCCAUGCAGCAAAAGUUGCCAUGUUAAGGGGAAGGCAAGCAGAAAUGCCCUUUUUUUCUCAUCAGUUCCCUCCCCCAUCACCUUUCCAGGCUUGCAAGAGUCUGCUGGAGAGAGAAGAUAAAAUCCACCUUGGCAUUAUAGACAUUGACCUGCCUCUGACAGCUUUACACAUACAAUUUUUUCCCUAUAGCACGCUCAACGGCAUUUUUUUUUACAUGAUCCAUGUCUACUUAAGCUUUACAGGGUUAUGAUUUUUCCUACAAGGGUGGGGGGGGGGAGAGUGGACAGUAUAUGAAUACUAUUGCAGCCUUUAAUUCCCCAUGGCAUUCAGCAUCGCUAAGAACACAGCUCUAAUUUAAUCUCAAGUCUAGCAUCGCUGUCUGCAGUUUGUACUUUUAUUUCUUCAGCAGUGAAAUGGCCUCAAAUAGCAAGACGCUUCCAGUGGUCAGAGGCCAGAUUCUUUGUUCAAAACGAUAUUUUGUGCCAUUGAUGCAAUGCGCCAGUUCCUUAAAGGCAUUUGUUUGUGAAGGGGAGACUAAUCCUAUCAUACCUCAUCAUGGAGCUUAAUAAAUAUUUUGCUGUUUGGUUUUC